AUGACUGUUCAACUACCACCAAAGGGAAUUUACUCUCCAAUUCCAACAUUUUUCAAAAAGGAUUACUCCAUUGAUUAUGAAUCAAUCCUCAAACAUGUGAGAUACCUAUACCAAGCGAAGGUCACUGGAAUUUUAAUUGGAGGUUCAACUGGUGAAGCCAUUAACCUCACCAGAGAAGAGAGGCAUGAGAUCAUCAGGAGAGUGAGAUCAGAGUUUCCUGAUCCCAGCUUCAAGGUUAUGGGAGGAGCUAUUGGUUCUUGUAUUCCUGAUUUGCUUGAUGAUAUCCAAGGCUUAAAAAGUCUGAAGGUUGAUUACGCAGUUGUUUUGGUUCCAGGUUAUUACGGUCCUGGAUUAACAAAGCAGCAAGGUCUGGUCAAUUUCUUCCAGACCGUUGCCGACAGCUCAAAACUACCUCUUUUGAUAUACAAUUAUCCUGGCGUUCAAAACAAUAUUGAUCUGACCAUUGAAAGCUAUAUCAAGCUCGCGAAACAUCCAAACAUCGUUGGGUGCAAGCUGACACACUACAAUUUCACAUUGUACACUCUUAUCUGCCAAAAUGAGGAAAUUAAGAGUGCAAAUUUCAGGCCACUUGCUGGUGUAGGCCAGGUUUUAGUUCCCGCAUUGGCUACAGGAAUUGAGGGCUGCAUUGAUGGAUUGUCCAAUGUUUUUCCAAAAUCCAUGCUCAAGGUCUUUAACGACUACGGUAAAGGCGACACCGUCCAGGCUGCAAAAUUCCAGGAACUCGUUACAACAGUAAACGAAAUGACUGCAGUUUUAAACCUGUUAGGUCUGAAGUUUGCUCUGAACCAUAUUCUGGGUAUUGGUGAGGUCUUGCACGGAAGACCACCAAUUGACCAGGACAUUGACGAGUCUGUGUGGGAAAAGUAUCUUCCAGCCUUUGAAAAGUUAUGGGCAAUUGAGAAGGGUCUUUGA